UACGCACGCAUACAGACGCGUUUGCAGAGGCGAGUGGAAAUCUAUUGGGUGCCUGCCUCGUCUUUCCUUCUCUCCCUUUAGCUUCUCAAAAACUUUCCUUCCGCUUGUGCACUCAAAGAGACACGCUUGGAGGGUUAUGUGGGUUUCAAAAGGAUGGGAGGCAGAGGCAGCGAUUCUGGGGGGAAAUCAACCUGCAGAUGAUGAACACGCCCAGCCCUGUCCAAUCGAUUCUCUGGGUGGGCGUCUGUGUAUGCGUGGCUGGAUUGCGGCAGGACUGCUUAGGUUUUUGGCAGAGCUAAAAAUAAUUUUAUUCCCCCCAGCAACGCGAAAUAGUUUGUCCCUUUCCCUCCUCCCACCCACCCAGUUAAGCAUGUUUUAGAGGUUCUUACUUGAGUGUAAGUUCCUCUAUGCCUUCUUGAACAUUUUGCAGAUUGAAAUUAUUGAGGUCAUUGGAGUGACCCACAUGAACAGGAUGGUUAAAUUGGGGGCACAUGCGUUUUAGGCUAAUUCUUUUAUCUUGUGUACGUAUUUAUGUGUGUAUAUGUGUGGUUUUCCUGUCAGAUGGUUGCUUUAGGAAACCUAAAGAUUUUCUUAGGCGUCUAUGGAUUUUUAUUUAAUUUUUUUGAAAGCUCCUAUCCUUGUUAUGAUAGGAGCAGAAUACUUAGUGUGUAUGCGAUGCUAUUUAAUGCUAAAUAUAGGACCACAAACUUUUAAUGGAAUAAACUGGGUGAUUAAUGGAUUAAAUCUUCAAAAGGACCUAUGUCAGUUUAAUCAUAAUUGUCACUAACCAUAUGGAACAGCCUUUUAGUGUUUUGUUUUGUUUUAAAUGAGAGAAGGGAAUAAAUAGAAAUCUAUAUAUUGGCCACAUCAGUGUCUUGUGAAAGGCUGCUUGGUGCUGAUUUUGCUAGCCAGAUUUAAAAGCUGGUGUGUUUAAUUAAGAAUGCUGCCUGACUGGGAGAACGAGAACCCAUAAUACUGCUAGUUCCUAUUCUGUCAUCAACAGUUUGUUAAAGUCACAAAGAGCCUCUGGAUUGGCUGUCCUAUGCAUAAUGUAGAAUCCUGUUCCCUUUUAAGAUAAGGAAGUACAAUAGCUGAGCCUCAGUGAAAAUAUGAACUUCCACUGAAUGAAAUGGAGAUUGGAUGAAAUCUAAUGGACAUGGAAGAAGUCUGCAGAUAAGGUUUAACAUGUAUACUGAUGAAUCCUCCUAUGCAUUUUUCUUCAAAAACCGAAAUGGAAGAUGUGAGCUCCAAAAGGGUCAGCGAGUUUUUGCAGAAAUGCGUCAAACUUGAGGAUAAUGAAGGGGACGCUCAGCCCAAGGAGGAGAUCAUAGAAGUGCAAACUGUCCCUAUCCUUGCUCCAUCCUACCCUCAGACAGUACAAGAGGAAAUAUCAAUGGUCUUCAAUACUUGUGCAAUGCCAGCCAACCUGGGCCCUUGCACAAGAAGGAGACGCGAGAAAGGCAGUGCCCACGAUGGGACGAGCACCUCCCUCUAUGUCGACCGCCGCAAAUCGAAGGUGUGGAACUAUUACACCAAACUGGGGGAUGCUUACGUCGAAUGCAACGUCUGCAAGAAGCAGCUGUCCUUCCACAACAGCACCACUACAAUGAGGGAACAUCUGGUGAGGAAGCACAGCAUUCGUGACACCUUGCUGUCUCAGCUGAAGGAUGACCAAGUUUCUGACCCGGACUAUGUGGCCCAGGAGAAUGCAAUAAAAAGGGCCCGCCAGCUGACACCUGAAAACAACAAUCAGUACCACGCCGUGUCCUGCACAGAACCCAGGACCGACGUGAUUCUGGAGCUAGUGCUGGAAAUGAUUUUUCGGGACCUCCACCCCCUCUCUGUAGUGAAGGACAAAGGCUUUGGCCUUCUAAUUGGCUACCUAGAACCUAGCUUUAUUCUCCCAUCCCCUAUGCAGCUCUCUAGCAUGCUGUGGCACCGAUACAAUGUGGUCAAGCAGCACCUAGAACGCUACCUGCAAACAGCCCAGUCUAUUGUCAUCUGCGCUGAAUUCUGGCUUUCCCAGCCCAACCAAACAUACCUGACAAUCAUGACCAACUUCAUUGAUGGGGAGUGGCGGCGGGCAAGGUGCAUCUUGGAGACCCAACAGGUGCACGAGAACAAAGCGGAGAGUAAUUUAGGAGACAGGUUGUAUUCGGUCCUGACAGACUUUGGGCUGUCCAACAAGUCUGUCUUCUGCGUGAUGCACGACAGCCUACAAGAUUUGGAGGCAAACUCAUCACAACUCAAGUGUGUCUAUGGCUGGACCAGCCUGUGCUGCGCUGCACACCUGCUGCAUCUGUGUGUGAAGGUGGGUCUUGAGGUGGAACAGGUGCAAGAGGCCUUGAGUGCUGCCCGUAGCAUUGUCUGCUACUUCCAGCAGGAUGCUAAGGCCACCUGCUCACUCAACAGUAAACUGGAAGCCAUCAACAAGACUAAGCUGAAACUGGUGAUGGACACUGGGGCUCGGUGGAUAACUACCAUCGAGAUGUGCGAGUGCCUGUUGGAUCUCAAGUGGGCCAUCAUGUCCGUCUUGGAGGAACACCCCAAGGGAACCACGGUGGUCCAGAACCUGGCCGACCACCAAUGGAAACUCUUGCAGGAUCUGGUGCCUGUCAUGAGGACGCUUAAGAUCGCUACAUCAUUCUUGCGGGAAGAACAGAACUUCUCCAUCUCCUCCCUGAUGCCGUGCAUCCAUGGCAUUGUCACUGCCAUUGGGCAGCAGUCAGAGGAAGCAAGCGGCAUCAUCAAGACAGUGGUGAGCAAUAUAAAGUUGGAGCUCACCCAGCGCUGGGGCAUCUUGGAUGAUGAGAAGUUGCUGGAGAGCCCAGCAGUGGUUGCAUCAUUCUUAGACCCCCGCUUCAAGGAAAUGAGGUUCCUGAGCCCCAGCCUGAGGAGUGACCUGCACAAAAAGAUUAAAAGCAUGCUGUCACAGUUCUUCAACCACCAGUCCCCACUGUCAACCCAGUUCUGGGUGCCAAACUCUGAUUAUAAAGCAGAGGUUGGUGAAGCAGCUAGCCAGCUCUCUGCCCAUAAGGAGAGAGGCUCGAGCGGACAGUCUCAGAGUAUGUAUGACAUCCUUUUGGGGAAAGACCCCACUGAGAGUAUGCCAGAGAUCCAUCAGCAGCUGGAGAAUUACAUUGUGGAACCUCUGUGCAAGCGCAGCACUAACCCCUUGGACUGGUGGAAGAACAAUGAGCACCGCUUCCCCUCAGUAGCCAGAUUAGCCCGGCAGUACUUGGCCAUCCCAGCGACAGUUGUGCCACCAGAUCAGGCCUUUGCUGCCACUGAAAGUGCCCUGGAGCACCGGAGAGGUGUACUUGCUCCCGAGAACCUGGACCAAAUUCUCUUCCUGCAUCAAAAUUUUGAUUUUUUAGAAUCUAUGAGAAAUGGCAAUGAGAAUCUGACUAAGACUGUGCACAACCAGUACUGAAAAGUCAGGUGUGGGAAGAACAGACAAGACAACCACUGUAUUAAGGUGUGGCCAGCACACUGGGAGUUGGGAAGAGAUGCAAAGUCUCGGAAAGGACAACUUGUUCUUCAGGUCACUUUAGUCUAGUCCCAAGUCAGAAUCUGAUCUCGUGUGGUAAUUUAAAGAUAAGCUUGCCUACUACCUAAACUCACCCUUGUUUUCACUGUAGUGGUAGAUCUGCUCCUAACUAAGACUAGUUUUUUUCUUCUGAAAAGGGUGUGUCCUAGCUGGAGCAAACGGACAUUAGACGUAAGAGCGAGGGCCAUUUCCAACAAUAAUUUCAAAAGAUGAACAGGUGUAUUUUUGGAAGGCAAAUCCUUGUCUGGAUGUCUGUGAAAAACCUAUUGGGGGAACUAAAACCCUAUACCUAUCUAUCUUGGAGAGAAGAUAAGUAGAGAAACAAUGUAGAAAUUAUUCCAGAGCUCACAGGCCUCACUUAGAUUGAUGUAUUAUAGUGCUGGGGUGUGUGUGUGUGUAUUCAUUUUCAUUCACCUUUAAGGUUCCCAUGAGGCCAUUCCAUUGAGGGAACAUAGGUGUUUUGAGUUCCCCUUUGAUUGUUUUGGAAUCCUGUAGAACCGAGGUGGCUAAUGUAUGGCUCUCGAAAUGUUUGGGGCUACAACUUGCGUUAUCCCUGACUGACGGCCUUACUGGCUGGCGUUGGGAGUUCUACAACAUCUGAAGGGCCACAGGUUAGCCACCCUUACUUUAGAAGAAAUUAAGACUCUUCUUUCUGGAGAGCCUUGCAGCACACUGGUUAACCAUGUGAUAGUCCAUGUAAGCCUGGAGAGGGGGAGCUGUCACACCUACUUGCCCUCGUCUAGAUAGCCCAAGUAAGCUAGAUGCUUUUGCUUAAAAAAAUAAAAUGAUGUGCGGUGUUGUGGCUGCCACCUAUAAGAACAGCCCUGCUGGAGUAGACCAAAGGUCCAGUUGGGCUCCAGGAAGCCUACAAGUUCUUCCAGAUUGAAGAUGUCAGUGUGGUGCCAUCGUAGUUCCUCCUUGAAGGUGAGCAGUAAGCUGUUCCUGCAGGCUUUUCUGGCUCCCUUGGCUUGUACCAGCUGCUGGUGGUGGAAGGGAUCCCAAAGGCACAGACUCGAAAUAUUCAUGUUUCCAUGUGACUCAAUCCAUGAGUGGGAGGUGUGUUUAUUACAUAGGCCCUUACAGGAAGUCUAUUCAGGUACUCAUAAAUAACUGUAGGCAAAUCAAAACCUUGUUACGUUCAGGCAAGCAACACCUUGAUCUGAAGGUGGAUUGAACACCUAGGCUGAGGAGCUGCUAGCAAUGUGAGGAUUGUUUUCAAUUGAUGUUUUAGAAAACUGCAUCUUAUUUUGGAAUUUUGCAAGGGUAGGUUAAAAAUAAUUUUAAAAUGCCUUUAAAGGAGUUUGCACUGUAGUGCCCUUUUAUAACAAAACAGAAACUAGUGCAGGUAUCUGUUGAAAGUUAUUGCUGAGUCUUGCUGCACUGACCUCACUGGACAGAGUUGAAGAGUGUGACGCUUUCUUUUCUAGGAGAAAACCUGUUGUUUACCAGUUGCACUAAAUGUUUUAAAUGCUUGUCCUCAAAGCUGCUUUCUUGAGUCUUUAGCAACAAAAAGAGUGAAUGCCAUAGAUGGUUUAUAGGGUAGAAUUUCUUUUCUAACUUGCUGGCAGAUUUUAAGUGAGAUGUGGAACUGGCAGUUAUAACAUGCUCACAGACCUUAUUUUGCAAGUAGCACACUAGUUAGCGUUUACAUGGGAAAAUACUAGUAUGGUAUCAACCCUUGGUUGGUGUCCGUAUUUGUAACCCAUCCUGCAGCAUUCUAUGAAGAACAGGCAUGGUUAAAAAAAAAAAAAUGGCAGGGAGCCAGGUGAAAGAUGUGCAACUCAACUCCAAAUGUAGCAUAAACAAGCAAGAUCAUGUGAAGAAGUACUUGUGAGUGCUUGAGGAUGCAAAGCAAUCAUCCAUCGAAGUUGGCUGAUAUUAGGAAUGACAAGGCACCACUUCAACUGGUGUUUAGAGAAUAGACCAUAGUUUAUAGCAUGCCAAAAAAAAAAGCCCACACACAUUAUGCCUGCCUGUCAAAGUGGUAUUUCAUUGAAAGAGGCUGCCUUGGAGAAAUCUGGGCUCCAGUAACAUCAGUGGGAAAAGAUUUCAGAGUUGAGCAGAAUGAUCAGCAGGCUCAUAGGAUGCACCUAUAGCUGGACUUCAGGCCUAAGGGGUGGGGAGAUGGGGUGUUUGAUUCUUCCCUUUCUCUCCCCCACCCCAAACAAGUUUCCUGUGAGUUUCCUAAAUGCACAAAACUGCUGUGUCAAGGACAAAGUCAUACAACCAGGAGUCGGAAGUGUGUUAGCUGCAUGCCAACUUUUGUCUCAUGUUCAUCUUCCAUUGCCCAGUCAGGCUUACAUUUUGAGUGCCUGGGUGAAUACCAAGUGGUUUCUCUAAUAGGAGAAAGGCAUACACACACUCAAGAAUGUGUUUUGCUACUGUGUGCUCAGUCUGCUACUUAUGAUGGGAUUACUAUAAAUAACUAGGGCUGCAGUACAUUUUAAAAUGUGGCAAUUCCGCCAUACUGGUAGGUCUUGCAUUGGCUUAUUCUUUCAACUAUUUUGGAGUUGAUGCGUUACUGCAAGAAUGGGACAGCUGUGGCCCUCCAGAUAUUGCUGUACUGUGCCUCCCUUCAUCCCUGACCAGUGGCCAUGUUGGCUAGAAAUGAUGGGAGUUGACUGCCGAAACAUCUCAAGGGACACAGCUGCCCUAUUACUGCAAUAGAGGAUGUUCUAUAAUCUGUUUCCCCAAAUAUGAUGAAAUAGAACAUAAGAACUUAAGAACAGCCUGCUGGAUCAGGCCAGUGGCCCAUCUAGUCCAGCAUCCUGUUCUCACAGUGGCCAACCAGGUGCCUGGGGAAAGUCCGCAAGCAGGACCUGAGUGCAAGAACACUCUCCCCUGAGACUUCCGGCAACUGGUUUUCAGAAGCAUGCUGCCUCUGACUAGGGUGGCAGAGCACAGCCAUCACGGCUAGUAGCCAUUGAUAGCCCUGUCCUCCAUAAAUUUGUCUAAUCUUCUUUUAAAGCCAUCCAAGCUGGUAGCCAUUACUGCAUCUUGUAGAAGAAAAGCCAGGGGUGGGGAACCUUAGACCCUCCAGGUUCUGCUGGACUUCCAACUCCCAUUAGCCCCAGCAAGUGUGGCAAUGGCCAGGGAUGAUGGAAGUUGUAGUUCAGCAACUUCUGGAGGGUCAAAGGCAAUAAGCUCUAGGCCAUGUCUUUCUCACAUUUGUGAAAUGACCCUUUGCCUUCAGGGUCUUCAAGAAGAUGGGGCUCUUCACAGAGGUUUUGCAGUGUGAUCCUUAAGCUUAAAUGAUUAACUAGCUAACAGACAGAUGAAAUAGAAAUGGGGAGAGAGGAUCUAAUCAGAUGACAAUCCAGGUUGUACUAAUUUGCAAAUACCCACAAAUUCAGCCAUGGAACUACAUCAACAAAAGUUGUUAGCCUAGCUUCCCACAGUGUACCUUUGUAAGUUAAGGGAUUUGCAACCCUAGUUUUUUGUAAUGAUUAUCUGCUUACUCUCCUGAAAGACUCUUAACUUCUAACAGGCACCCAGGCAAGUGACUAUUUCUGAGCCUGGUAGUCCAUAAUCGUUUGGCAGAAACCUUUAAGUAUAUACUUCUACAUUAUACAAGUACAAUAUAGGCAUGCUUGUAUGUAAUAACAGCAGUCCUACUAUGGCAGAAAAGCAGUGAACUGGGCCAGUGGUGACUGCCAGAUUUUUUAGGGGGGAUGGAUGCAUGUAUGUGAAGAAAAGGGAGGUACUUAGUCCAAUACCAGGUUUUUUCUCCUUACUGUAGACAUAUCUAUUUAAUGGACCCAGUACUGUACCAGGUGUAUGAACGUGGCCCCCUAACGCUGGGGGAUGUAAACAAGGGGUAGGAAAUUGGAUCUAGCUUGAGGGGUCGAUUCAGAAAUGGCCAGCCUGCUGCAGGACACUUUGGCAGAUGGGCAGAGCUGCCCACCAGUCAGUCACCUGACCACUGAUGUCAUGUAAUUCAAACUGCAAGCCAAUGCAUGUCUUCCUUUGCAACCCAAAGGAAGCUGCUCCUAAGCAUGCUCCCGAUUCUUUCUUUCCAGCUUGAAUUUGGCACUUUCUGAAUUUGGUGUUUGUUGUUGCCGUGGAGAACAACAGGAAAAGGCAUUAAGUAGCUGUAGCUUUUCUAAAAUGGCCUGGUGGCCAUAAUUAGACCCAUGAGCCAGAGGUUAUCCUGCUGCUGCUGUAAACCCUUCAACACCACAUGGCUCAGUUUUCUGAGGGGAGGUGUAAACACCACCACAGCCUUCCAGCUGGUGAAUGGCAGCUGUCAUCACCCGACCCAUCUUUGCUGCAGACCUUCAGAGCUGAUCUUGCAAUUUCCCCCUCAGUCACAAGAACUACGUGGAACUGGACUAUAGAAAGGGAUGUUAUAUAAGCUUACAUAAGUUUAUUUGCGCUUUUCUUUUCAUGACUAUGCUACUUAUACAAAGUAACGGUGCAAUAACCUACAUCAAGGUAUGGUACUUUGAAAAGAUAACACUGGGUCUACUGGAAAGAUGAGCAUAUUCAAGGGACAGAAUAAAAUUUUUUAAAAAAAUA